AUGAGCAACUAUCCUGUGAAAAGUUACACGAAAAAAUUUGAGGAAACUCCUGAAUCACCAGUCGUCAAUCCAUCUUCGUCUACGGGAAAUUUGAAGUUUUUAAAUAGAAGGGAAUCAAUAGAGAGGAUGUCGUGUUCACCGGAAAGGAUGCACGUGAAUCGUACACCAAUAAUUCCAGAACCAAUAUUCCAAGUGGCUGUAACCAUACCCAACAGCCAAAUUGCAAUCCGAGCAUGUAUUCUCUAUGAGCACCUUCAAGUCAAGAUGCUUACAGUGGCAUAUAGAAGCUUCUGCGACAAAGUUGGAAACGGUGUCAUUGAUUUUAGAUCUUUCGAAUUUUGGUUCAAUAGAUUUCAAACAGGAAAUCAUGAUCUGGGAUACGAUAUUGAAAUGAGCUUGAGCCUCGGUCUUUGGCAGAAAUGCACAAGGACAUUAUGAGAAGAAUUUUAAGAGAGCUCAACUCUCAACCCACAAAUUCUCCCGGACCUUCUGAUCACUACCAAGAUGAAGAUGAUUACUUUCCUGUCUACAAUCAACUCAAGGAGCUUAUCGAAGAACUGAAAGUUUGGCUAGAGCCCGCAGAAGCCGAACCUGUCAAACAAGUCGAAAUCAACCGAAAAGUGCUGUGUGGCUAUAUUUUGUUUGAAUUCUUACAGGGAAAUUCGAUUUUUGAGGCUUAUGAGAAACUGUGUGUUACUGUUGGAAAAGAUGCGGUCAAGUACUGGGACUUUGAAUAUUGGUACCAGAAGAUCAAGGCGGGGGAUUUCAGUAUGGAAUCUGACAUUGAUUUUGACAAAGAGAUCCGCUCACUGUCCGCAAUGCCUAAAGACAUAGUUGGUGAAGUUAUGAACAAACUGGGAUUAAAAGAAAAACUAGUGAUGAGAAAAGUUUCAAAAAACCUCCGCGCUUACAUGGAUAAUCUGAACAUUGGCGUUGAAAAGAUUAGUCUUAAAAUCUACAAUACAAAAUCAAUUGUUCAAUUUGAUGAGAAAGAAGUGACAUAUCAUGAAAAAAAGAAUGAUUCUACUUCGCACAAUAAAGAUCAAGGGAUGUAUAUUAAAGAUGGAAGCCAUUCAAAAAUGGCGUUGCAUGAUUGGUCGGUGGUCAUGCAGAAUCAGAAACUCAAGCUCAGGGAACUCACUUUGACUUUGGCCAUGGAAAGUUAUAAGCAUCAGGAUUGCUAUGAAACUAUCAAGACUGUUUUGAGAAAAUCGAACUGUCUAUUUGUAGAGAAGAUCACACUUGAAGGCUUCACUUUCCGUGAAGUUUCCGAAGUCCUACGGAACUGUAAACCAAGAGUACUUAACAUGAUAGUGCUUAAUUCGUCGACAGAGAGCAAUGGAAUUGAACAUUUGGUUCAUUUGGACCAAUGGAGAGAGGCAAGGGUUUUUGAAAGCAGCCGAAACAGCAUUUUACAAAUAUAUGUCGGGAUUUUGUUUCAUUUUUCAAAGAUCGAUGUUUCCCUGAAAACUCUAUCAAACUCAAAUGCGAUUCAAAUGCGAGAUAAACUCCUGAGGUCCCCUAGUUUUGAACAUGGAUGCUUCAGAAUGUUGAACUACAACCCUAUUGAGAUUGUGAUUGUGUUUGAAACGAAUUACUCAGGAGGAUCAUAUGGCGCUAUUACCUACAACAAUGGCGAGUCGAAGUUCCGAAUCC